AUGCUGCCUCACCGUGGGGAAGCCUCCCCUGUUCGCCAAGCGCGGUCUCCGUCUCGUGAGCGAGAGUACAGAUAUUAUGACCGCGAGGCCGACUCUUCUGAAACGGACGUUGAGAGUAACAGACACCGGAGACGCAGUCAGGGAGAGAGCCGCCGCAUUAUUAAUACUCUCAGAGGGUCAGGCGUUCCCAAGGCGAUGACUAGAGAGAAAAUACCAUCGAGGGUUCGCAGAUUAAAAGGGGGAGAGCCUACUGUUGAUAAACGAGUACCAGUAAGCUCCUAUUUCGAGGAGCCUGGAGGUCCCGAGGAGGAAUUCGAGGUGCCUCCAGCCGGUGCUCUGCGUCCCAAGGUCUAUACGGCAGCUCCUGCUCAUAGUCCCGGACGACGUCUGAGAAAAUUCAAUGAUGAAUCGGAGCAAUUUGCUCACGAUAGUGGCUUCAAUGGCUCUACAAGAUUAGAUGCUCAAUGUGGUCAAUGUGGAGGCGACGAUGACGAGGAAUUGUCUACGUUGGAAACCCAAGCGUUACAGAAACGGAUCAAAUUCUUAGAAGCAAAGCUGAAAAAGCUCGACGCACACCAAGGGCCCGUAGAGGCAUCCAAGCAUGAAACAAUAUAUCGCCUUCAUGAGGAAGAUUCAGAGUCGCUCUUCUUGGAUGCGCCAGACAUUCUACGAACUAAUAGUGGCGAGGUGCAUCUACGUUGCAGUGUCCCGCUUGAUAACUUCCAACUCCAUCUGGCUUUGAAUCCCAAUAUUUCGUUCGUCGUCUUUCAAGAUUACCAAAAAAGGCCGCAGCCAGAAAGCUCUUCAACAAAUACGAAAAAAGGCAAGAAUCGCAUUUCUCCAUUUUCUGAAAGUAUACACCCUGUAUCGACCGAUCUGAAAAUGGCAUUGAACACUCUCCUGCACAGCAAAGACGAGUUUAAAUCAAUUACGGAAGAUUACAGAUAUACUAAAGAGCUCGAGUCUCCAUACAUUUUUAUUUACCAUAUGCGUGAUCAACUUCCGGCAAUAAAAGACAAAAUGCCAGCGGCUUCACAAAGGCAACUAGCCCAAUUUCUUGGAUAUGUUGAUCAGGCUGUAGGAUCCCAGUACAAAGCUGCGGACGCUUUGCUAACAUCCGGAGAGAUUCUCCCAAAAUUCAUCAAUUAUCUUUUCAAACCGGGAGAUAUUGUGAUAGAGAGGGAUGAUAAGGGAUAUGUUGGAUAUGUUGCGCGCUCUUGGCUCAAGAACACAUCUCCAGAUGGCGAUGUACCCUCCAGCGACAUCUUGGAUGGCUCUUUUGACGACGAUUUUCCAGCAGUGCCCUACAAAAAAGACUCGAAAAUGAAGCUUUCGUGGACGACUAAAGCGUGGACUUGGGGAUUCACCGGCACAUUUUACCGGCGUUCGAGUGAUCUAGAGCUUCGCAUGCCUCUUCCGCAUGAUGAAGACCAAAUUGGUUGCCGCUCAACUGAGGAACGCGGAGAUUCCCGACUUAAAGGUUUUCCUAUUACGUCUCUCAAUGUUUUUCCUCUUAAAUAUGCGGCAAAAGAAGUUCUUGAUAUGCUGCAACGAAGAGGCGAGACAUUCUGGAAGUGUCGUAAUCGCAGAUUGGUUUCUUACAAAGCCACCGAUGAAGAUCAAUUCAGCGACAUGACGGAUGAUCGAUAUAUGAUUGAUACGAAGACAUACGGUGUACUUCAUUCAAUUGUUGCCUUGUUUUAUGGUAGCAACAACCGACUUGAUGCGGAUGCGAUGGCCAGUGAUUCACCUCCGGAUGACCAAUUUAAAUAUCUAGUUCCUCCGACUAUCAAGGGAUAUAAUUUGCGACGGAAGAAGUGGUUCGAUCUUGCGACUGAUCGGAUUUCUGAUGCUGUUUGGAAUCAUGAGGCCUUUUCGAGCCUCGUAAUCGAACGCAAGUCAAAGGACCUCAUUCAGGCUUUGGUCAGUAGUCAGUUAGAAUCUGAAAAGGCGACUGAUCUGAUUGCUGGAAAAGGCAAUGGUCUAAUUCUACUUCUCCACGGGGCCCCUGGAACAGGAAAGACCCUCACUGCUGAAAGUGUUGCGGAAAUUGCCGAGAAGCCACUAUAUCGAGUCACUUGCGGAGACGUUGGAACAAAAGCCGAAGAUGUUGAGAAAUAUCUAGAAUCGGUCCUUUAUCUCGGCCGUAUUUGGGGCUGUGUGGUAUUACUUGACGAAGCCGACAUUUUUCUCGAACAGCGAAGUCUGGAAGACCUUCAACGCAACGCACUCGUUUCUGUAUUUUUGCGAGUAUUGGAGUACUAUGAUGGUAUUCUUAUCCUGACAAGUAACCGGGUUGGCACCUUUGAUGAAGCAUUUCGAUCUCGGAUCCAACUUGCUCUUCAUUAUCCCAAUCUGGGCCCUCAGCAAAGGCUCCGCAUCUGGCAAAUAUUCAUUGAUCGCCUUGAGAAUAUGGAUGGAGAAGCCAUUGAUAUUGUGGAUCUCCGAGACAAUCUACAUUCUUUGAAAGAUGAAGAGCUUAAUGGAAGACAGAUUAGAAAUGUCAUUACGACUGCCCGCCAGUAUGCACGAUGGAAGAAAACAACACUUACCUAUGAGCAUCUUAAGGAUGUGAUUCAAGUUUCAGGACGCUUUGAUACAUAUUUGGACAAGAUUCAUGGGGGUUUCAAUCAAGAAGACCUUGCUCGAGAUGAUGGGAUUCGAUAA